UAUUUUCUACGUACACAUAGCAUAAUCAGCGACUAGGUGUCAUUUUUAUAGCUUCUUAUACUAGUCCACCAUGUUUACAUACUUGCCAUGUAACAUGCUAGGUCACAAACAUGCAUGAAAAAAAAGGAAAAGUCAUUUUCUGGGUGCACACGUGAAAUUUUUAACACUAUUGACCUGUGAUUCCGUUCCGUGACAGUGUCUGCAGGUUUAAUGACUACUUAUCGGUUUGGUGAAUUAUAAUACAUCGGAAACUGCAGAGAAACUUCAAUUCGUGACACCUUAGCCAAAUACUAUUCUAAGGAUUUGUUAGACACUGACACCUAUCUUUUCUUGGUCCAAAUUUGAAAAAUCCAACAUCAUCAUUUACUUUGACAUAUUUGUUUCCGUGAACCUAUUUGCAGGUUUGAGUAUCCCUUUUAUCAGUUUGAAGUCUUGCUGUUUAAGACAAGUAUCAGAUGCGAAAAUACUAAAACACGAAACUUUUUUUUUUUUUUUUGAACACGAAACUAAUUUUUGCUUUUGCUAUAAUCUUAAAGGGGGAAUUAAGAUGAUGAGUUUGUUUCCAAGACUCUGUUUUGUCCUCAUAAGCUUUAGCGUUGCUUUAGUUUCAGCACAAACAUGUAUGAACAAGGGGUACUUCAGUUCCAACGGUACGUACAACGCAAAUCGCCGUCUCAUCCUCUCUUUUCUUCCUUCCAAUGUCACCGCUCAAGACGCCUUCUUCUACAACGGUUCCAUUGGACAAGAACCGAACCGAGUCUACGCAAGAGGCAUGUGCAUCCCUGGAUCAACUUCAUAUGACUGUUAUCAUUGUAUCAAGACCGCUUCUGGCGGUCUGAUACAGAGUUGUCCUAACCAAACAGAUGCGUAUUGGUGGCGAGUUGAGCCCACACUUUGCCAUGUUCGCUACUCCAACUCUUCUUUCUCAGGAUCUGCUGAUCUGAACCCGCGCGUAGUACUCACCAACAUUGGAGAUCUAACCUCAAAUCUAACAGAGUUUACAAAAAUAUGGGAACACUUGGUUGCUCGAGUGAUUGUUGUAGCUUCUACACCAAAAAACAUACCAUUCUCUAGUAAUAACUACUAUACAGCUAAUAUUGAAUCCUUUGAAGCUUUUCAGAAUAUAUAUGCAGUGAUGCAAUGCACACCAGACCUUUCUUCUGGUGAUUGUGAAAGUUGUUUGCGCCAAAACGCAAGGGACUACCAAUCAUGCUGUAGUCAGAAGAAAGGAGGCCUUGUUAUGCAGCCGAGCUGCUUUUUCCGUUGGGAUUUGUAUACAUUUUCAAAGGCUUUUCCGGUGGCUUCUCCUCCUCCUAUGAGUAUACGGUCCUUACCACCACCCCCAGGCGACUCAGCUAACACAAAUGACAAUAAUAGCAAAGGAAUCUCUGCUGGGAUUGUUGUGGCGAUAACCGUUCCAACUGUUGUUGUUGUCUUCAUGUUGGUUGCUCUAGGAUUUGUUCUUUGCCUGAAGAGACCGUCAUUGCAAAUACUUGAACACGAAUCUGAUAGUGAUGUUUCAACUACAAACUCACUGCAAUUCCAAUAUAAGACAGUUGAAGCUGCAACUAACAAGUUUUCAGUGAAUAAUAAGCUCGGUGAAGGUAGAUUUGGCGAUGUUUAUAAGGGUAAGUUUCCAAAUGGAACUGAAGUCGCAGUGAAGAGGCUAUAUGAAAUGUCAGGAAAAGACACAAGAAAAUUCAGGAACGAGGUUGUACUUGUAUCAAAACUUCAACAUAAGAAUCUGGUUAGGCUUCUUGGGUUCUGUUUGCAAGGAGAGGAAAAGAUUCUGAUCUAUGAGUUUCUCCCAAACAAAAGUCUUGACUAUUAUCUAUUCGAUCCUGAAAAGCAAGGCCAGCUAGACUGGACUCGGCGAAACAAGAUCAUUGGAGAGAUUGCUCAAGGGAUUCUACAUCUUCAUUCACAUCUCACAGUCAUAUACCGUGAGUUUAAAGCCAGCAACAUACUUUUAGAUGAUGAUAUGAACCCAAAAAUUUCAGAUUUAGGAAUGGCUACCAUUUUUGGAAUGGAGGAGACAAGAGGCAAUACAAAAUGGAAUGCUGAAACAUUAGUUUACAUGUCUCCGGAGUUUGCUAUGCAUGGCAAAUUCUCAAUGAAAACUGACGUGUAUAGCUUUGGAAUCUUGAUUCUUGAGAUUAUAAGUGGCAAGAAGAAUAGCUGUCUCUAUCAUAUGGAUGAAAAUACUACUGCUGGAAACUUGGUCACCUAUGUUUGGAGGCUUUGGAGAAACGGGUCGCAACUAGAGCUAGUGGAUCCGGCCAUGGGAGGGAAUUAUAAGAGUAAUGAAGUCACGAGAUGCAUCCAUAUUGCGCUCUUAUGUGUUCAAGAAAAUCCAGAAGACCGCCCAAUGCUAUCAACAAUCAUCACAAUGCUCACCAGUAACACAACCAUUCUUCCAGUUCCUCGCCUACCAGGAUUUUUCCCGCAAAUCAGGCACAACUAAGUGAUUUAGAGCCAAGCCAAUACAUGAAGUCUUUUCCUAGCUCAUAUUAGAAAUGUUAUAACAUAUAAUAUACGCUAAAACGAUAUUUGAUUUAUUACCCCACUAAUAAGAAGCAUAGUACGUUUUUA